AUGAGUCUCCGCCAGGAUACCGUUCUUCCAGGUCAUAACCCCCCCGGCAACCUGCCCGAUAUGUCGCCGGAGGUCAGGGACAUAUGGUCGCGGAAAUAUAUUUCGCAUUGGAUGGACGGUGAAAUCGCGGCUGAAAAGAGCGUGGUUUCUCCAGGGCGCACGGAGCUUUUACAAUUCUUCAAUGGGACAGUCACGGCAUACGACCAGUCUCAAGAACCUCAACCCGUGACUUGGAUUGGAUUUCCUAAUCUGAUAAAAAAGGCUUAUGGGGAUGACGACAUGCGAUGGGCUAUAGCCGAUGCGAGUCGUAUGGCUCAGGAUGAGUAUCUUGAAUGGUCCCUCCUUAGAAACAAGAAGACCAACGAUAUUGAAACUGUUACAUUCACGUGCGAAGGCCCGGAGUACUGGCAAGUGUUUGCCAGCUACCAAGAGCAAGACUUCCUCAAACUAGUUCGUGACAUCAACCCAGCGGUCAGCAAGAGCAUGAGCGACGAGGACUUCUUCCUAGUAGACCCCAAGGAGAGCGCCAAGCCCUACAAGGUGUACAACCCGGCUAAUUACUGGAACAUUCGCACUGAUACAGGGUCUAUUUUGCAUCUUCUGCAGCCAAACAACACGCUGUCCGCUGAAAUCGACAUUGCUGCUCAAGGCACAGUGCUUCGCGAGAACAGUGACGGCCCUGUAACCGAUCCAGAUAGAUUGAUUAAAUGCUCUGCCUACGGAAACCCAGGCAGAAACUCGGACCCCGUCAUUGGUGGCACUAUCAACUCUUUGGCUUCACAGGGCAACAUUGUUUCGAUUGCUGAUCCGGUCGCGAUUUACAUGCAUAAGUUCGACACGAGCAGAUACCAGCUUGACUACGCCACAACAGAUGACGACGGAGACACAGAUCUGCGCCCAAUCAAGAAUCCGAAGGAAAUCUUCGUCUGGCAGCGCGGCAAUAUCGACAUCCACCAGGGCCUACGCCUGAUGAUCCGCAUUCCAUCAGGCACAAAGGGCAAGUUCGGCCAGGACCUGACUGUUUCGAACAUCUACGACAAGACAACCGGGCGCCACAUCAAGUAUGCUGCCCAGUUUGCUGACAAUAUCAACAUGGGCGUGUCUGCUGUCGUCAUUCCUGGUGAACCGGCGAAGCGCAUCUCCUGCUACGACCCAGACAAAGUAACCGCUGCCUCAGGUCAUACACCGCGUAUGCCAACGACGCAGUCUUUCUCUCUCCUUGCCGCCGACGGUGAGGCAUCUGAGUCGCGCGUCAACAAUUCCAGAACUCCCUUCCCAUUCCCGAAGACUGUGGGCAGGAAAUACAACUGGUAA